AUGCUCGCUGCGCUGGGUUCCCUGGUGGCCGCUCUCUGGGCAGGAUUCCACCUCAGGACUGUCCUGCUGGGUGUCAUCAUCUUUCUGUUCUUUGUUGAUUUCCUCAAGAGGCGACGGCCAAAAAACUUCCCACCUGGACCCGCGAACUUGCCCUUCGUUGCCAAUUUCUUUCAAAUGGACUUUGAAAACUCUCACCUGGCAGUUCAGCGGCUUGUGGAGAAAUAUGGGAACAUGUGUAGCCUGAGUUUUGGAGACAUAAAGGCUGUUAUUGUUACUGGAUUGCCCUUAAUCAGAGAAGUCCUCACCCACAGCGACCAUAGCAUUUUGAACCGCCCCAUAACGCCUAUGCGAGAGCAUGCCUUUAAAAAAAAUGGAUUGAUCUUUUCAAAUGGCCAGGAAUGGAAGGAGCAAAGAAGAUUUGUCCUGACAACACUAAGAAAUUUUGGUUUAGGAAAGAAGAGCUUAGAAGAACGGAUUCAGGAGGAGGCCUACUACCUCAGUGAGGCAAUAGAGGAGAUGAAAGGGCAGCCUUUUGACCCUCACUUCAAGAUCAACAAUGCUGUUUCUAAUAUCAUAUGCUCCAUUACCUUUGGGGAGCGCUUUGAAUACAAGGAUGAUCAGUUUCAGGAGCUGCUGAAGUUGGUGGAUGAAGUCACAUAUCUGGAAGCUACAAAGUGGUGCCAGGUUUACAAUAUGAUUCCAUCGAUAAUGAAAUACCUUCCUGGACCUCACCAAAAACUCUUUGCAGGUUGGGAGAAACUGAAAUUGUUUGUUUCUCAUAUGAUUGAAAAACACAGGACAGAUUGGGAUCCUGCCAAACCGAGAGACUUUAUUGACGCUUACCUCAAGGAAAUGACAAAGUAUACAGGCAAUACCACUUCAAGUUUCCAUGAAGAAAACCUCGUCUGCAGCACCCUGGACCUCUUCUUUGCUGGAACAGAGACAACUUCUACAACUCUGCGCUGGGCUCUGCUUUAUCUGACCAUGUACCCAGAAAUCCAAGAGAAAGUACAAGCUGAGAUUGACAGAGUCAUCGGCCAGUCACAGCAGCCCAGCACAGCCCACAGAGAGCACAUGCCCUACACCCAUGCCGUCAUCCAUGAGGUGCUGAGAAUGGGCAACAUCAUCCCCUUGAAUGUGCCCAGGGAAGUGGCAUUCAACACUACUGUGGCUGGAUACUGCCUGCCAAAGGGCACUAUGGUCCUGACCAAUCUGACUGCGCUACACAAGGAUCCUGCAGAGUGGGCCACCCCUGACACUUUCAAUCCGGAGCAUUUUCUGGAGAAUGGGCAGUUUAAGAAAAGGGAAUCCUUCCUGCCUUUUUCAUUAGGAAAACGGGUUUGCCUUGGAGAACAGUUGGCCAGAUCUGAGAUGUUUAUUUUCUUCACCUCCCUUAUGCAAAAAUUUACCUUCAGGCCCCCAGCCAAUGAAAAACUGAGCCUGAAGUUCAGAACAGGCCUCACCAUUUCUCCAGUCAGCUACCGCAUCUGUGCUAUUCCUCGGGCCUGA